CUUCUCAAGUACUAAUGGAGGACAUUUGGUAAGGUUGAACCAUUGGUGGGGCAGAUGGGGAAGCUGAGUUUUGGGUGGAUAUUGGAUAGUCUCCGUCUCUCCCCUGCCUCAAACUCAUCUUGCUUUUGCAUAAAUUCCUUAGAAAGUGGAGAUGAUGACUCUGAGAGAAGGUCACUCAUUCCAAGUAAUGGAGAACAGUUGGUGAGGUUGAAGGAUUUUAUUGAUGGGAAUCAGUCUUUGGCUUUUCACUUGAAGCCCAAGACUGUUGUGUUAAGGGUUUCUAUGCAUUGCAAUGGUUGUGCAAGAAAAGUUGAGAAACACAUCUCCAAGAUGGAAGGAGUGACCUCUUUUGAAGUAGAUUUGGAAAGCAAGAAGGUGGUGGUGAUAGGUGAUAUACUUCCAUUUGAAGUGUUGGAGAGUGUAUCAAAGGUGAAGAGUGCAGAGCUAUGGGUUUCUCCUUUUUGAUCAAGAAAAUAUGCAGCCAACAAGAGAAAGUAAUAAACAAAUCCAGCAGU